AUGCUAAAAAGAGUAUGGGAGCUGAAAGCAGAGAUUCGAGAGUUCUGCGAAAAGAAAGGCAAGGACAUCCCAGAGCUCUCAGAUGAGGACUGGAUGGCAGAUUUUGCAUUUGCUGUUGAUGUGACUGCACUGAUGAAUGAACUGAACACCAAACUGCAAGGCAAGGGCCUAUUUGUUCAUGAAAUGCACAGCCUGGUGAAGGCUUUCAUGAGAAAGUUGCAGUUAUUUUCAAGCCAACUGGAGAGCAACAAUCUCACUCACAUGCAAACCCUGAAAGAAGUCACACCAUCAGCUGAUCACCUUUGCAGGUACUCAUCCAUGCUAGGAGCACUGCAUGGUGAGUUUUCAAGGCGAUUUGAAGAUCUCAGAAUGAUCGAGGAUGAAAUGCACAUGAUUUCCUCUCCCUUUACCUGUAGUGUGGAUAAUGCACCCAGUGAUGUUCAGCUGGAACUCAUUGACCUGCAGUCUGAUGCGAUAUGCGCAGAAUUCACACGUAUUACCACCAUCCCACUAAUGUCCAAGUUUAUGUCAGAACUUGACCACCACUCCACCAAGCUGUCCAGAGUUUGCCGUAAGAAGGGAGGUGCAGCAGGACGCAACAUCGCAGAGAUCAUGGCUGUCAUUGACGAGAAUGACACCAUUGCUACAAGGAGGGCUUGCAACCUUAAAUCACUUGCUGUGUAUUUCAAUGAAGACCCAGAGAAGCUCAUAAAGGAAUAUCUGGAUGUGAACUUUGAGGAUGCCCAGAGACCAAUGGAUGGGACUGCCAUCGGGAUCUACGUCAUCAAACAUGAGGGUGCAGAUGCCUCCGAUCCACCAGAAGAUGUAGGGAUCAUAGUUGAGGAUGUCGCUGUGCUCCAGGACAUUGGAGAUGCUGCCAGUGCCACUGCUCUGCUGUUAGGGGUCAUCUAUAACAUGAACUUGAGCUACCCGCCUGAACUCAAGAACACGUUUGAAUUUCUUCAAAAAGUCCUGAUGGGAAUUGAUACCCACCGCCUUUCAAACAAGGUCCAGUACUUUGGUUCAGUGGAUGAAAAUGUUUGUGAUGUCGUUGUGAUGAGAAUCAAAGCUCUGGAUAAAGACCUUGAAAACACAGAUAACUGGGUCACUGUCUUUACAUUUGCAAAAGGAAAUGAAGAUAAUCUCUUCUCCAUUGAGACAGACAAAGAAACGAAUGAGGGCAUCCUUAGGCUGAUCAAGCCUGUGGAUUUUGAAGAAGUCCAAAAUCUUAAUCUUGGCCUACUCAUUGAGAACAUAGCUCCUUUUGUGGAAGGUGGUGCUAUUCGGAUGGAUGUGGAUGUUCGGGCUAGAAAGGGAAGUCCUCUGGCUCCUGGUGCUGGUGCUGGCACUGGAGUUGAAGCUGGUGUGAGUGCAGUGGUAGAGUUGAAAGUAGAAGAAGAGGUGGAAGCAAACACUGAACUGGAAGGGGGUGGGGACAUAGGACCUAAUUCUGGGGCAGGUCUUGCCCCUGGACUUUGGCCUGGAGUAGGUGGACAUAAGCCGGGUGUCAAACCAGGACCAGGGACAAAGCCACAUGCACCAACAAAAACUUAUCCCAUUAAGAUAGCAGUGAAUAAUGUGCCAGAGGGUCAAGUAUUCAUACCUGAUACCAAGACUGUUCCUGUAUCAGAAGAUCAAAAAGAAGGUCCUGAGGACGGUGUGAUCACAGUGUUUGCUGCUUUUGAUCCAGACACAGGAAUACCAGCUGAAGAUGUAAGUUAUGCUAAAGCCUACGAUCCAGAAGCUGCGAUGAAACUCAACAAUGUACCAGACAGAGAGUCGCCAUUCUUGGAGAAUGGCACCUACAUUGCCAAGAUUCUGGCAAUUACCAAAGACGUGCCAUCAAAGACAGCAACAGGAACAAUAGCAAUUCAAGUCAUUGACUCCAAUGACCAUUGUCCCACACUCACCACCACACACAGCAGUCUGUGUUCCAAUGAAAAAACUGUUUUUGUCACUGGAUAUGAUAAGGAUGUUAGUCCCAACAGUGCACCAUUCACAUUCAGAGUCAUACCUGAUGGGACACGAGGAAGCUGGGCUGUGGAAGUCAUCAAUGAUCCGUUUUCGUCACGUCUAAGUCUGCUGUUGCUCUGUCAGUGUGGGGGAGAAGACAUUAUAUUUCCUGACAAAUUUAAUGAUCUUCCAUUUGAUGCCAAUGAACACCUAAUAUCCUACCACACUGAAAGCAGAGGCGAGGAUAAGGUGGAGUGGCAUUUUACACAACAAAUGGAUUCCUUACUCUUUCCUUUCAGUUUAUCAGUUUAUCAUUGA